AAAAUUGUUUGACAUUCAAAAAUUAACAUUGUGUGCUUUCCUGGACUCAGAUACGUUCUUUGCGCCGUGGAUUUGAGAUUUUUUGUUGGACAUUUAAUAAUUGGUGCUUUCGAGCUUCUCCGGGCUUGGAUAAACUUUAGUUUGCUAUGGUUUAGAUUAUUAUGAUUUUUGCGUGAAUGAAUUUCCGACUUUGCAAUAUGAAUUUAAUUACGUUGGUUGGAAUACAAACUGAAUACGGAAUCAUUUACCAAAAUGAGCAUUGUUGACUAAGGCACUAUAUUAAUGUUUAAUCCAUUUGAAAAGUAUAUAUACUGAGAGAUUCGAAUAUGUUUGGAAAAAUUGUGCAGUUGGCCCAUCUUGCACAUAUGUCAGAUGACUCAACGGACGGGAAACGUGUGUCCAAGUCAAAGUUCAAACUACAAAACGCUAUCAUGAAAGCUGCGUCUAUAGCCCAGAGUGCCACAGAUAAAAGACCAAAACUUGUGAUCUGGCCAGAGUGGAACGAUGCCGAUGUUAAUGCAGAAAAAUGGGGAGUCAGUCAACAGGACAUGGCCCAUAAAGGCAAAGAAAAAGACAAAGGAAAAUCUCCGGUCGUCUCACAUUCGUUUGACGAUCCGGAAGGGAAGAUUGAAAUGCCACCAGGAAUGAGAGUGGACCACUGGAAAAGACCACAAGAUUACAUCACAGAAAAGACACCAGUUAUAAUUGAUCCAGAUGGAAUGACAUCAUAUGAUCUGAUCACAAACAAUGAACAUCUACAUGAAAGUGAGCUGAUGCGCUAUAUUAUCAGUCAGAUCAUGGCAUUGUGGGAAAUCUGUGCCGUGAAGAAUCCACCUCAGGAUCAGAUGCCGGCAGAUCCUGGAGUUCCGUAUGAGGAGGUGUCACAUACCUGGAAGCCAUGGGAACAUAUCUACACAAUGAACAAGGUCCAGAAGGGGCCUCACAUUCCACCUUACAACCCAUAUGGAAAAUAUGCUGUCAGAUUAUACUGGAUGGGCUGUUGGAGAAAGGUGAUUGUGGAUGACACAUUACCAUUUGAUGAGAAUGAUCGUCUAAUGCUGCCAUGUACCACGAUGCAACAUGAGGUCUGGCCAAUGUUGCUUACUAAAGCACUCAUCAAAGUGGCUUCUCUUGAUUACACUGGUGGUAACCCUAACUGUGAGUUUGGGGAUGUGAGCAUCGUUAGCUGCCUGACUGGCUGGUUACCUGAAGCAAUACCGCUACAGGGUUUUCUCCUUGAAGAUCAGGGUACUAACCAAUCAAAAUCACAGCUGAAGAAGCCCAACUCUGGGCGGGCCUCCCCGUUGGUCUCUGCAGGCCAAGUUCUUGAUAAGUUCAUCUCAAUGAGCAAUCAGCCAAGUCGUGAGAACUCGGCCAUGAAACCACAUAAAAAGAUUGGAGUUAAUGACGACGUCAGGUAUGGUCAUAUCAGUGAGGUAUGGGAGUUGUUGAAAGGAGUAUUGCCAGAGUUUAGACUACCCCUGCAGGAAUGGCAGAAAGCGUUGAUGGAAGAAGAGAAAGCCAAAAAAGAUGAAACGGCAUCAGUGGAUGGAACAAAGGAAGAGAAAUCCGAUAAAGAUUCUGCAAGUAAGGAUGGAAAGGUAGAUAAACCAGAUGGAAAGCCAGCUGGAAAAGAUGGUGGAAAGGAAAAGGGGGCCAAAGAUGCAAAGGAAAAAGAAAAGGGAAAAGAUGGUAAAGAUAAGAAGGGAGAUAAGGACAAGGACAAAAAAGGAGAAAACAUAGAAUUUGGCUCUAAGCGAGGACAGAGCCGUCUCGGCUCUAGUCGUAAAACCAUGAGCAGUCGACUUGAUGUCGAUUUUGAAGAGAAGACCCUGGAUGAGACACCAAUUCCAGAAAAUCCCGAGGUUGUGAUUUUUGCAUCGUAUAGAACUACUCCCAAGUACCCUGUGAAAGUAUCUGUUCUAGGAGAAAAUGCUGAUGCUAGUGAACGUUUACGUCAGAAUGGUCUUUCACACAUGUACCCCCAUCCAGUGCUCAUCACGCAAACACGCUCCUGCCCGCUGGAACCCCCACCCCCACCAGAGAAGAUUCCUGCUUGGAAAUUGAUAAGACCCCGUAAAAAGAAGACAACACCCUCGGACGAACCUGUUUCUGAGCCGGAGCCUCCAAAACCUAUACAGUGUCUAGAGAUUACCUCCCCUUUUGUCAACUAUAAAGUUAGUCCUGUGCCUAUACCUACAGAUACGCAUAGACCCAAGUCAGCGCUUGAACGUGGUGGUACAAGGUCUCGGCCAGGAACCGGCAAUGUAACAUCUAUUGAAGAAACAGAUGAGAAUGCACCAGAACCGGAACCAGCACCUCCUAAAGAAGAGCAUGUAGAGGAGCUACCUCCAGUAGAAGUUGUCGAGGAGAAACCACUCACACCCUCCAAGGGAGGUAAAGGAGGACGUAAAUCUGCCGGCAAGAAGGAGGCUGAGGCAUCACCGAAAACUGAUCGUAAAUCCAGCAAUAAAGUUGGGUCAGCAAAAGAGAAGGAACGUAGCAAGUCCAUAUCUAAACCAGGGUCGCGUGAAGGUAAACGUGAGGAUGCAGGGACACCUAAACCAGAGAAAUCACAAGCUGAACCUAAACCACCUGUACCAUCAGCACAACCUAAGUUAGAGUCUCCUGCAUUGGGAGAUCAGGCUGGUGGUCUGGCGGUGCCACCAGAGAAUGGGGAGGGAGAGGGUUCAGUCCACGAGGAGGAGACCCAAGAGAAAGAACAAGAGCCCGAAGAAAUCCUAAAGCCCAAGAAGAAGUGGAUGGAUUUUGAUCAGUUCUGUAGAUGUUUCAAGACACUGUAUAUUUACCACAAGCCAAACACCUAUCCGUGUUCUGUCAAACACUCUGAUCUCAAGAAAUUGGAGUUUAAAUAUCAUCCUCACCAGAGCGUAGCACCACAGCCCCCAGCACCUACAAAGGGAGACAAGAAGUCAGCCCCCAACACGACCGGGGUAAACACCUCCCCCUCUAAGACUGCCCAGACCCCGUCGCACAUGUACUCGAGUGCGACGGCCUCCCCCACCACUAACCCCCUCCUACAUAACCAUCCUGGUGCAGCACAGGGAGGCUAUGAUGACAAGGCACCAUACUAUCUAUUUGUUGACAGUCUUCAACCAACUGAGAUUGUUGUAUCAUUUUCCUCACUGUCGCGCUGGCCCGAGCCCCCACCCCCUCCGGUAGAGGAGAAGAAGUCUCAUACAAGUAUUAAAGGGGCGAAGGAUAGAGUUGAUGACAAGGAGGCUACCAAUGUAACAAGCAGUAGUGUCCUCGAGGGUUCAAUAGCUAGUGAGAAGGCAGUCCCUCCAACUGUUACCCCUGGUACACUUGUAGCUGAACCAUAUUCCUGGAAGAGUCUGGUAACUGGUCAACCGAUACUCCGGCUAAGAACAUCAGCAAUCAGAGCUGCUGUGCUGUGUUUACCAGCUGGACGCCAUGUUUUGAAGUUUAUGAUGUCAGGUCCACUAGGGUAUCAUGUCCAUUUGUGCUCAUCUACACAGUUUGUGUUUGGCGAUGAAGAAACAGUUAUGGCACAGCUUACAAAGGAAAGCUGUAUAUUUGUGGACAAUGCUAGCCAGGUGAUCAACUGUAUUGGGAAAUGUAUCAAUGUGUUUGGAGACCAAGAAGAGUUUGUAAAGGCAUGGAGGGAACUGACACAAGCGCACUGCCCAUACCAAAAUGAAAAACAAAUGUCAAAACAACAUCACUUCAAGAUAUUCAGCGAAGCGUUAUACACAACACUAAGAAAAGUACUGCGAGAUGUGGCGAGCCCCGAGAUUGCAUUUGCGUGGCGGGCAUUCAUGUUUGAUGCAACUUCAAAAAAUAUUUUGAGUAUCCCUGCAGGUAGCAGACCAGCUACUGGACAUACGAGCCACCGUGGCUCAGCCAAGCCAGCGGCCACAAAGGGGGCCAAGCAGACUGUCGCCCAAACAGAGGAGCAGCCAGAAAAAACUAGUUCUUCAUGGGAGAAUAGACAAGCGACUACAGAGGAGCAGGUUGCUACGGUAAAGCUGCAGAAACAAUGGAAAGGAUAUUGGGUCAGGAAAAUAAGGGCUGCUAGAACUCCUGGUUCAGAUGAAAAUCAAAAGGUAUUACAGAACCUACAGAAAUGUUGGGCCAUCAUAGAACAAAACUUGGAUCCAAGCAACCCUGACCAUCCGGGACUAUUCCUGUUUAGGCAAAUGUUUAAAUUGGAUCCAGACCUGAUGGUAAAGUAUCCAUUCUACAAGGACGAGUGGAACAAGAUAUCAUACAACGAUUACAAGGGACAGUACCCUGACCAACCUCCAAACAACUGGUUUGUUGUCUUUAGAGAGGUUUUCCAUGUGAUGGAGGAGAUGUUAGCGGUGCCCAAGUUAUAUGUGCCAAUUAGCACAUGCAUGCUGCGAGUGAUAAACAAUGAUACAGGAGAGGAAAUACCCAGGGUCUUUCAGAAAGUUGCACCUUAUGUGUACAAGAAAAACAGAAAAGGUUACACAUUUGUUGCUGAAGCACGAACAACAGAUCAGCCCUUACAGACUGGUACCUGGCGUAUGAGAAUGAUUGGUUCCCUGUCACCACUUCCGGCACCACUACGAGGGGAAGUAAACAGCAGCUUUGCUGUGAAGGAAAUCAAGGAUUACUAUCUGCCAAACAGCAAAAAUGUCAUCUUUAGGUAUGCAGUUAAGGUGACGGAGGACCACCUCACCAGUAUACAGAUGAACACGUCAAAGUCUGAUGUGCACAUUAAACUUGUCGUGCUGAAUAAUGAGGAAGAAGUGGCCAGCACCCUCGGAAAAGGUCACGCUGUGAUCCCUGCCUUCACAUUUCUCAAGGACAUUAACCCGGAUGAGGAACCUAAGAGGUCAACUUCCAGGACAUUACAUGGUUCCGAUCAUUCAAACAAGGGUGAAAGUAAAACCAAAAAGGGUGGGAAGAGAGGAGGUUCAGGCAAGAGCAAUGAUGGGAGAGGAUCGUCAAAUCCAACUGGCACCGCUAGAAAAAGAAAGACACCACCCGCCAGUGGUAGAAGCCCAAGGAGAAGCAGUCAGGUUGAUCACCAUUCAGAUGGCGGACUGAGUGAUGGGGACUUGGAAGAGAGAGACCUCAGGCCUCACAAGUAUAUUAUAGAAGCUCAGGUCUUGAAGGAUAGUUGGCCAUUGUCUGAAGCCAGUUGGGCAUUUGUACAGAUGCUGAAAGAAAUGGAGAAAAAUGAACUCAAAGUGGCAUUCAAAGAGAAAACUGCCGAGGAGCCAGCAAAGACUGAGAAAGCUCCCGCUGCUGCUGAUAAAGGUGCCAAGGGAGGUAAGGGUGGAAAAGGCGGGAAAGACAAGGGCAAGGACAAGGAUGGCAAGGGGUCACGACCUCCAUCACAGCAGUUUGACCUUGGAAAACCUCAUUGGUCUCUCAGAGUUGUCAGCGAUGCUAAUGCUGUGGAGGAAAUUGAGAUUAAGAAAGAUACAGAGAGAGCUGAUGAGAUUCGAGCCCUGAAGAAAGCUUGGGAAGAUGCUGAACCUGGUAGAGCUGCUAAGGCGAUGCAGUCACGGUUGAAGUACCUAUCUACACACACGAUCAAGUUGAAGGAUGAUGAAGAAGAGACAGAGAAGGUUGAGGGUGAGGGAGCUGACCAGCCUGGAUAUGUACCUCCUCAGACCCCAGGGUCCCUUCUUGGUGAUGAUGAUGGAAAUCUUACACUUGAGCCACCUCCACCCCCUACACCUAAAGAAAUGUUACAACCAGUAGAUAUAACUCCAUUCCUAAGACAUACGACAGACACUCCACGAUACCUGGAUGAGGAGGAAAUGCAGCGUAGGUUCCAGGAGCAGCAGAAACAGAUCACAGAGUACAAGGCAUUCCGACAACAGGUGGAGGAUUGGAGAAAGAAAGAUAAAGAAUUACGCAAUAUGACCAAGGAAAAACAAUUACAGGAAUGUGAAGAAUUACAGGCCAUGCUUGAUGCAGCUAGGGAAUCUAUAAACAAACCUAGAGAAGCAUUUAGACAGACGUAUCUUGAAGCUGAACGUAAGAAACUUGAAGAACUUGAAGCAAAAGAGGCGGCACAGAAGGCCGAUGCAGAGGCCAAAUCCCCAAAGGGCAAGAAAGGCAGUGCUAAGGGCAAAAAGAGUCCCUCAGCUAAAAAGAAGAAAUAACCAAUAAACUUUUAGUUUACUUUUUAAUUAAAUUUGAUUCUAAUCUGUGAUAAAGUAUUAGAGUAAUAAGUGGAUUAUUUUAAAGCGAGUUGUGUAAAUAAUAAAUAUAUAUUUAUUGUUGAAAUUAUUUUUUAUUGUGUUGUUAGUGUUUAUUGAAAUAUGCAUGGUAACUGUGUUUUGGAAUAAUCAGUACUAUAUGCGAAUGUAAGCAUGUUUUAGGAAAUUUCUGCAGGAGGAUAUGAAUAUAAGUGUAUAUUUAUACUGUGAUGCUGAAAUCUGUGAUAACAAAAUAUAUAUGUGUGACAUGAUGGGACAUUAAAAAAAAUCACUGUUUAUUAUCCCCCGACGAAAGUCGGAGGGAUAUAGUUUUGGCGUUGUCCGUCCGUCCGUCCGUCCGUCCUUCCGUCCGUCUUUCCGUCCGUCCGUCCGUCCUUCCGUCUUUCCGUCCGUCCGUCCGUCCGGAGCCAUAUCUAGGAAAUGGUUGGGAAUAUUUAUUCAAAACUUCAUAUACAUGUUCACCACAAUGAGUUCUUGCGGCCCGUCAAGUUUCAGUCAGAUUGCCCAAGUAACACCAGAGUUAUGGCCCUUAGAAGUUUCUAGUGUUAACUAUAUAGGGUACUAUAAAUAUGGCAAUUUCUGCAUCAUAACUUUUGAUAUAUUUGACCUAGAACUAUGAAACUUAAACAGAAUUUAGAUCACCAUAAUGUGGUUGUGUACACACAAUUUCAUUUGGAUUUAUUUGUAAAUUAAGAGUUAUUGCCCUUUAAUUGUAUAAAAAUCCACAUAUUUGUACAUAACAAACUUACCAUUUGGUAGAAUUUCAUUAAAUUUCUUUCAUUCUUUUCCAUGAACAUUUAUUGUAAACAUGUGAAGUUGUGUACCCA